CACAGACAUACACCCCUGUCGUACCUGAUUCGACUUGUUGUUGACUAGAAUCUAUAAACUACAUAAAGCCUCAUCUUCAUCCAUCUACUCGAGUCUUCUUUUCUUUCCUCCUCAUCCAUUCGCUCUUACACUGCAUCUUACACUCGUUGUAUCUCGCCUUAUCAACCAACAAGAACAAAAAAACAAACAAACACACAUUCAAAAUGAAGUACUCCGUCGCUUUCGUUGCUCUCGCCGCUGUUGCCGCUCAGGCUCAGUCUCUUGCCGACGUCCCCAAGUGCGCCAUUCCUUGCCUCGACAAGGCCAUCGCCAGCGAGACCAGCUGUGACAAGACCGACCUCGCCUGUGUCUGCAAGGGCUUCAGCGCUGUCCGAUCCAAGGCUACCUCUUGUGUCAUUGACGAGUGUGGUACCGACGUUGCCAUCAACGAGGUCCUUCCCGCUACCGAGAACCUCUGCAAGAACCCCCCCAAGGAGUCUGAGGCCAAGUCCACCGCCGAGGAGGAGAAGCCCACCACCACCGCCGCUGCCACCUCCACCUUGGUCGUUGUCACCACCAGCGCCGAGGUUGUUGAGACCACCGCCGCUGCCACCACCACUGUCGCUCCCAUCAUUCCCACCACCGCUGCUGAGGAGCCCGCCACCAGCACCCCCGCCGCUGCCACCCCUACCAAGGGUCCCGAGCAGGCCAACGGUGCUGCUGGCCUCAAGGGUCUCGGUGCCCUCGCCAUGGCUGCUUUCGCUGCCCUUGCUCUGUAAAGGAGUUUAAGGAACCAGCUUGUCAGUUAUGAAAAGACCAAUUCCUCAAGUAGUCGAACUGGACAGCCAAUGUGCAUCUGGUGAGACGAACGGGGUAAGAGGCAUUGUUUUUUUAAAGUUGAAAGGACGAUAUUGAUUAUGUGUAUGAGAAUUGGAAACGCUAUCGGGAAUCGAUUCACGGGUUAAUAGUAAUGGUCUUUGACCACAAUGAAUAUAAGCGAAUAUACCAGUGACAAUUACCUUACUUCUCUCCCUCUUUCGUUUUUGCA